GCUCUCAAAAGCCUCAAGUCCACAGUCUCUGUCCUACACUUCGGGCUUGCUCUUCAGCUGGAUUUUCGAUGUGUGCUAACGCUGGGCUUCCUAGGGAACUGAAAACAAAACAUUCCAUCAUUUGGAGUAAUCUGGGUAUGGCUUUUUACAGCACGUUAGCAGCAAAAAUACAAGCAAGAAAAUAUUGUGUUCCACCAACUUCUGGCAUGGACAGCUGAGGAAUAUAAAGCCCAAUGGUGACAAAGGGUGAUAAUCUCCUGUUUUUCACUAUUUAUCUCACCAGUUUCCGACUUAGCAAUGGAUAUUCUUUGUGAUGAGGAGAGCUCUGUGAACCCAACUGCAAACUCCUUAAUGCAACUAAAUCUUGAGAGAAGACUCUACAAAGCUGUUAACGGACCUGCAGAGAUUAAUACUUCACAUCUCUUUAACUUGACCGGGGACUCUGAAAACCUGACUAAUCUUUCAUGUGAAGAUACCAUGAGUGCACGGUGCUACUCUUCCCUGUUUCAGCUUUCGGAGAAAAACUGGCCAGCUUUGCUGACAGUGAUAGUGAUUGUUUUAACCAUUGCUGGAAAUAUUCUUGUCAUCAUGGCUGUAUCACUGGAGAAAAAGCUACAGAACGCCACUAACUAUUUUCUAAUGUCACUGGCAAUAGCCGACAUGCUGCUGGGUUUCCUCGUCAUGCCUGUGUCAAUGUUAACCAUCCUGUACGGAUAUACAUGGCCUCUACCUACCAAGCUCUGUGCUGUUUGGAUCUACUUGGACGUGCUUUUUUCCACUGCAUCCAUUAUGCAUCUCUGUGCCAUCUCACUGGAUCGCUAUAUUGCCAUCCGAAACCCCAUCCAUCACAGCCGCUUUAACUCGAGGACCAAGGCUUUUGCAAAAAUAAUUGCUGUUUGGACCAUAUCAGUUGGUGUCUCCAUGCCUGUACCUGUCUUUGGCCUACAAGAUGAUUCCAAAGUGUUUAAGAAUGGCAGCUGCCUACUUGCAGAUGAGAAUUUUGUUCUAAUAGGCUCUUUUGUGGCAUUCUUCAUACCUCUAACCAUCAUGGUAGUCACCUAUUUUUUAACUAUCAAGUCGCUACAGAAGGAGGCUACCUUAUGUGUGAAUGACCUUGGCCCAAAGACCAAGCUCGCUUCAUUUAGCUUCCUCCCUCAGAGCUCCCUGUCUUCAGAGAAACUCUUCCAACGGUCUCUGAACAGAGACGUGGGGCUUUCUGGCAGGAGAACAAUGCAAUCCAUCAGCAACGAGCAGAAGGCUUCCAAGGUUCUUGGCAUCGUCUUCUUUCUGUUUGUUGUGAUGUGGUGCCCGUUUUUCAUCACCAAUGUGAUGGCCGUAAUUUGCAAGGAGUCAUGCAAUGAAGAAGUCAUCGGAGGACUACUUAAUGUAUUUGUCUGGAUUGGCUACCUUUCUUCGGCUGUCAACCCACUCGUGUACACACUGUUCAACAAAACCUACCGCUCCGCUUUCUCUCGUUACAUUCAGUGUCGCUACAAGGAGGAGAAGAAACCUUUCCAGUUGAUCUUGGUGAACACUAUCCCAGCACUUGCAUAUAAUUCCAGCCAGCUCCAGCUAGCACAGAUGAAGAGUUUGAAAAAAGAGGCAAAAAUGAUGGCUAAGGAUUAUUCAAUGGUUACAAUCGGAAUUCGUCACUUAGAUGGUCCCUCAAAGGGAAGCAUCAGCCCAGGGAAUGAGAAGGUUAGCGGUGUGUGACUCUGCUAGCCUGGUGGCAUCUGCCAUGAGAAAGCAGAGCAUCUACACUGAAAACUUCACCUUGCUGUGAGAGGCUGUGGUAGCUUAGGAAAACUAGCCCUGAUCAAGAGACCCUCCGACAGCAUCACACGCGCCUCAUCUCAUCCUGUUGAUGAAAAGCAGGGUUGAAAUGGUAUCAAAUGUGCAAUUUUUUUUCAUACAGUACUUUGGCUGUUUUAAGCACAGGCUUUAUUAAACUUAUUUUUUUAAUAUUCUAAAGGAUAUAUUUCUUAAAGAAAAAAAAAUGCAAUUUCUGGUAUUAUAACAUGGGCUGUGAAGAAAUCUACGUAUUUCUUUUUGCAAUGAAAGCUAAGCUGUUCUUCGGUUGCCUCGCAAAGUAGGUUCCAACUAGUUUGUCUUGCUAUAUGGAAUUUUGUUAUCAAUUACCA